GGCGCAAGGACGCUCGCCAGCUACAGUUACAUUUUACCGCCAGUCUUCGCGAGGCGGCAUUUUCAUUUGAAUAACUGGUUAUUCUUAAUUUCGAAGUGAGAUUAAUUGCGUAGCGGAUAUACAAAAAAAUCGGUUUUUUUCAACCAGCCGAAUAUGGUAUGAAGUCAUUCGAGAGCCGUUGAAUAUUUAAGUUGGUUUUGUUCAGACGACGGUAGUGGAGGAUACGUUCAACUUUCGUCUUCUAAAAUCGAAAUGCACGACAAUUUUGCGGUGUACGUAGAUAAAGUGGUGAAAAAAUAUGGAUCGAAGGAAAUUUUACAGCAACUAUGCAUGACCGUCGAAAGAGGAUUCAUAUACGGCCUGUUGGGUGCCAGCGGUUGCGGGAAAACCACCCUAUUGAGCUGCAUAGUUGGCCGGAAGAAAAUCGAUGGUGGUGAAAUUUGGGUCUUGGGAGGGAAACCCGGAGAAGCAGGAAGCGGAGUACCCGGACCCCGAGUAGGCUACAUGCCUCAAGAUAUUGCCUUGGUUGGGGAAUUCACCGUAAAAGACGCCAUUUACUAUUUCGGAAGGAUCUUCGCUUUGGAAGAGAACACUAUCGCUGAGCGCUAUCGGCAAUUGCACGAUUUGCUUGAAUUACCACCAGAUGAUAGGUAUUUGAAAAAUUGCAGCGGAGGACAACAACGAAGAGUCUCCUUAGCUGCAUCCCUAGUUCACAAACCAGAAUUGCUAAUAAUGGACGAGCCUACAGUUGGUGUAGAUCCGGUUUUAAGAGCUAGAAUUUGGGACCACCUGGUAGAAAUAACUAGAAAAGAAAAUACAUCCGUCAUAAUUACCACGCAUUACAUAGAAGAAUGCCGGCAGGCUAAUAAGAUUGGUCUUAUGCGGGAAGGAAGACUUCUGGCAGAAGAAUCCCCCAGUCGAUUAAUGACAUUAUUCAACAGCGAAACUCUCGAGGAUGUUUUCCUGACGCUCAGCAGAAGACAGGAGGAAGGGAAACUGCCUGCUAUAAGUUCCCAACCGAUCGUGGACGAUCAGAACAACUCUGUUAUAGUAACAGAUAAUACAGGAUCUAGAACUAGCGUUGCUUCGGUUUCCACGUUCGAAAUCGGCCAUGGAUCCACCGAUAUACUAACUAAGAAGAAAACGGUUAUAAAAUCGGAAAACUCGCUCAAUAAAAAUAGGAUGAAAGCUCUAUUGGAUAAGAACUGGAAGCAAUUCUACAGGAACGUUACGGGUAUAUUUUUCCUGAUGACUUUUCCCAUAAUCCAAAUCGGGAUAUUCAUGAGCGCUGUAGGUGGCGACAUCAAGAGCAUCCCCUUGGGUAUUGUUAAUGAUGAGGCGACUAUUGUAUCUUGUAAAGACUUUUCCUGGAAUGGUACAGCUAUUCCUUCGACGACAGAAUACGGGGAAUGCCAUUUUCGAAAUUUGAGCUGCAGAUUUUUGACUCACUUGGAUCAUCCGAUGAUAGAUAAGGUGUAUUAUGAGAGUUUGGAUAAAGCAAAGGAAGACGCCAUCCAUGGAAAAAUUAUUGGAGUAAUGUAUUUAUCAUCGAAUUUCACGGAUACUCUGGAAAUCAGGAUCAAAGACGGGAAAGAUGCUGAUGAAGAGAUUGUCGAUUUAAGCGAAAUUAAAGUAUGGAUGGAUAUGUCUAAUAGACAAAUUGGAGCUACACUAAAAUACAAAUUGAUCGAUUUAUACACCGACUACCAAAACAAACUCUUCGAAGACUGUGGUUUUGUUCCUGGUUUGGGUGAUUUACCAGUAGAUAUCAACUUUAUUUAUGGAGAUAUAAACGAACCUUAUACAGUGUUUAUGAUACCAGGAAGCUUCAUAACCAUAAUGUUCUUCAUGGGUGCCAUGAUGACCUCUCAAAUAAUAAUAACGGACCGACACGACGGUGUUUGGGACAGAUCUAUCGUGGCGGGGGUGACUUCCAUGGAGAUCACCAUAACCCAUCUGGUGCUACAAGCGACGAUUUGCAUUUUCCAAACCUUGGAGUUACUCAUAGUGGUGUUUGCUGUCUACCAGCAGGAAUACUUGGGCAGCUUGUGGUUGAUUUAUCUCAUGAUCUAUCUGCAGGGAAUUUGUGGAAUGUCUUACGGAUUUUGGGUUUCCGUUAUAAGUACCGAUCAUUCGAUGGCGAAUACGGUUCUUACAGGAAUAUUUUUGCCGAUGAUGAUGCUGAGCGGUUUGAUGUGGCCCACAGAAGGAAUGCCUCCGUUCCUGAGGUACUUUGCUAAGUGCCUACCAUUCACUUUGUCCAUCGAAUCCUUAAGAAACGUGACGAAAAAAGGCUGGUCCAUAGACCAUCUUCAAGUAGCUAAUGGAAUCGGUGUUGGUUUAAUAUGGACCAUCUUCUUCGGCACGUUGAGUGUUUACCUGAUUAAAAAGAAGCGUUAAAUAGCAGUAUUUUAUAUCUAGGAAAAUGCGAUUAUUACUUACCUAUAGGUGAAUUUAUAUAGAUAGGUAAAGGAAUGUUCGAAUAAUUAAUUGCACUAGCAAUUGCGAAUAUUGUGAUUAUGUAAAUUAGAAACAAAGGGGUUUU